AUGCCACCGCCGACUGGGGCAAAGCAGGCGGGAGGCGCGCCUCUGCCUGACCUCCCCGCUACCCCCCUGCUCACCCUAUCACGACGGCUCCUCCUCUCCCCCCGCACUUCCCGUGCAUGCAACUCCCAGGGCAUGUCUGGUGGCGCACUCAGCAGGCGGGAGGCGCGCGUAUGCCUGACUGCUGCGCUCCCCCCCUUCUCUUCCAUUCACCCCAAUCCCGCUUCCCCCCAUCUUCCCCCAUCCCCCUUCCCUUCCCGCAUCCUCCUUCCCUUUCCCCAUCCUCCUCCCUUUACCCCAUCCCCCUUCCCUUCCCGCAUUCCCCUUUCCCUUUCCCCACCCCCCUUCCCUUCCACCAUCCCCCUUCUCUUUCCCCAUCCCCUUCCCUAUCCCCCUCCGCCUUCCCUUCCCCCAUCCCCCUUCCCUUCCCCCAUCUCCCUUCCCUAUCCCCCUCCGCCUUCCCUUCCCCCAUCCCCCUUCUCUUUCCCCAUCCCCCUUCCCUUCCCCCAUCCCCCUUCCCUUCCCACAUCCUCCUUCCCUUUCCCCAUCCUCCUUCCUUUACCCCAUCCCCCUUCCCUUCCCGCAUUCCCCUUUCCCUUUCCCCACCCCCUUUCCCUUCCCCCAUCCCCCUUCUCUUUCCCCAUCCCCCUUCCCUUCCCCCAUCCCCCUUCCCUUCCCCCAUCCCCCUUCCCUUCUCGCAUCCCCUUUCCCUAUCCCCGUCCGCCUUCCCUUUCCCCAUCCCCUUUUCCCUUCCCCACACCCUCCUUUCCCUUCCCGCAUCCCCCAUUCCCCCUAUCCCUCAUCCCUUCCACCGUUUUGCCCCGCUUUCACACACUAUGCCGCCAAUCAAUCACUUUCCCCCUUCCUCCCUGCCUUCUUUCUUUCCCCAUGCCAUGCCUCCCCUCGGGUUCCUCCCAUGGCUCCCCUCGGUUUCCUUUCGUCCCUCACCUCGCUUUCCUCCCAUGCCUCCCCUCGCUUUCCUCCCAUGCCUCGCCUCACCUCUGUUUCUCCACUUGUCUCCCCUCGGCUUCCCCCCUUUCCCCCCACCUGUUGAUGUGCUUGUUUCAGCAUGGCGCCACAAAGAACCAGUUCAUCCUCCAGUUCUCUUUUUACUUUGCCUUCGGGGAGGGGGGAGCAAUCACAGCACAAGGAACAUGGAGAAGGUUCUUGGAAGGGGAGGAGGAGACGGGGGAGGGGAGAGAGGGAGGGAGGAGAGAGGGAAGGGGAGAGAGAGAAGGGGAGAGAGGGAAGGGGAGGGAAAAAACAGGUGUCAGCGCCGCUGGCGGCGGCAGCGGGUUCGGUCUGGUGGUCACCCAGCGGACGGCGCGGGUGGUUUCCGCGGACGAGGAGGCGUGCUGGGCGGUGGGCAUGGAGCGGGAGGAGCUUCUGCGCGCGUCGUUGUUCGACUUGGCGGAGAAACUGAACCCGGCGGAAUGGGUCCGCGCGGUAGAAGGCAUGAGCGCAAAAGACAGGCCGCGGGUUAUCGUCCGCUUUCGCUUGGUCCAGCCGAGUAACCACCGCGGCGGAAACGGCGGAGGGAGUGGCGCGCUCUCCGGUCGCCGCGUGGACUGCGAGUUGCAAGAGCUCGUUCCCAACUCCAAGGCCAUGCGCGUUCACAUUGCGCCGAUUCCGCCGAACUCUCCUGGCGGCGGAGGCGGAGGCGGAGGCGGGGAGAAGCCUGUUGCGCCGACCACUCCGCGCGCGGGCCUGUCGCACUCGAAAACGCUGUCGCGCGCGGAGACGAUGUCGUCGCAGCAGGCGCCGUCGUUGUCGCACUCUCACACGCUCGCCCACUCGCCCUCGUCGCUCGGCGGUAAGCAAGGCGCGUCUCGCGUCACCUUCGGAGGGGAACACGGCGGAAGAGGCGGCGGCGGGAGCGACGUAGGGGACUACGGCGGGCAAGCGAGGGAAAGAGAGCGAGGAAGGCGCGGAGCGGCGGAAGCGGGAGCGGCGCAUGGGGGUAAGCUGGUCCCAGGGGAACGAGGAGCACCAGUAGCAGCACUAAGAGGUCGGGCGCAGGCGGAGGGGGAAGUGCAGGGGGAGCGGGAGGGGGAAGCGGGUCGCCAGUGCCAAAACUGGAAAAGAGCCGCAGCAGGGCUGAACGAGGGGGAGGCGGAGGCGGGGGGAAGACUCCGCGUGGGCGCAUGGAGGGGGUAG